UUAUCAAUGAUAAGUGUUUAUAAUGCAAGAUAUUGGACACAGUUCUCUGCUGAAGUUCUUAGUGAAUAAUACCAUGUCCGAGAAAAACAUUGAAUCAAAUGUACCAGGCGAACAUAACAUCCGAGAAGUUAACGAUGAGGAACUCAAGGAAAAAGAGACUCUAAUCAAUGAAGAUAAAGCUCAAACUUCAACAAGCUUCAUUGAUAAGCAAAAUGAAUCCUUAACCGAAGGGAAUACGUCUGAAAUUGCAACAGCAGACGAUUUUACUUUAUCCCCAGUGAUAACGUUGACUAAGAAAGAAGCAACAUUUACUAAAGGAGAUUUGAAAUUGCAAAAGGUCACAGUUACGGAGGACAUAUCGCAUACAUCAACGAGUAAUGUAGGUGAAGAGAAAUUUAAUAGACGAUUAACAUAUGAAAUUCACACUUCAGGAAAACAACCGAAGAAUACAAAUGAUGGAGCUAAAGAAGAAAAAACAGCAGACCCUGACAGAUUAAAAACAAAGAUACCUAUAUCGAGAUUAAGACAAGCUGUCAACAAAGUUAAAAAUGAUUUGAAAGAAAAAAAGAGACUCGAAAAAGAAAAAGACAGUGCCAGUUCUUCCCGUAAAUCUUCAAUUCCAAGACUGAAAGAUAGUAGAACACCGCCACCUAAAGAUAUAAAGAGAAAAGAAGAAAUCCUAACAGCAAAGGCAGAUGAAGAAUUCGAUAGAAUAUUUCAAGAAUUAAACCCAACUGAAGAUAUUUCUUUAGAAUUCAUUAAUACUGAUAUAGAGAACGUUAAUCAAAUAGAAAACAGCUUCGAGGAAAUAAUACACGCGUACGAAGAAAAUAAAACAACACAAGCAAACGACACGGGAAAAAAUAAACAAUCAAGGAUACCAUUAUUAAAAAGGAAAAGUGAACAUGAAAUUGAAGUAACAAAAAUAAAAGAAAAACAAUCAUUAAAAAAGAGUAAUUCCGUCGAUACUAAAAUACAAACAUCUUUCAAUAAAGAUAUCGCCGAAAAAAUAAUCGCAUCAGAUCAAACUAAAACAUACACUCAUAGUAAUGUUACCACUGAAAUAUAUACAGUGCAAAAAGAAAGCAAUGAAGUAAUAAAUAAUACUGUAGUAUUCCAAAAUCAAACAAACUCUAAUGAAAUCAAAGAGACGAUUAAAGUCGCUAUCCCUAACUUCGAUAUACAAACAUCUGAAGGUAUAAAAAGUAAUGAAUCCAUAGAAAAAACUACAAUAGACAAUGAAACAGAAGACUUAACUCAAGAUAUAACAAUCACUAAAAACCUUAACUUCGACAAAGAAACAGUUUCAAUGAUUUAUAAAAUUGAUUUCACUGAAAAUAAUUUCGAUUCCUUAGAUAUGACACAAUUAAAUGAAAGUAUGAAACGAGAUCAAAUAGAUGUUAAAAAUGAUAAUAAUGAAUCUAACAAUGUUAACAUUACAAAAGAGAUUUCACACAAUGAGUCUAUGUCAAAAUCUAAACAAACCGAAUCAUCUUCGAAAUCUACCAAAACAAUUGAAAGAACUAAUCAUGACGAAAACAUUGAACUUGAUAUUCAGUCAGUUAGCGAAAUCAAAGCAAAUCAAACAACAGAUAACAAUAGUUUAAGUAAACUAACAUUAGCACAACCUUCGGAAACAAAAGAAAAUAUUAAAACUGAUAGUGAAUCAAUUAAACAAGUUUCAUUAGAAACAAACGAAACCACAGAGACUAAAACAACGAAUGUGAGUUCAAAAACUUCAACGUUCUAUGUAGAAGAAACCAAUAGUAAUCAUAUAAUAGGAGAAACUUCAAGACAGUCUGUUAAAACAAAUGAAAGAAGUAAAAUAAAGCAAGAAUUAUUCCUUGAUAACAAAACAAUUGUAUUUGACACUAAUCAGAGUAUUGUCAGAGAAGUUUCAUUUGAAGGAAGUGAAAUCAUUAAUAACUUGACUUCAGAAUCAUCAGUAACUUUAAGAACUGAUGAAGAAAGUGAGAGUACAAAACCAGAACUAUUACAAAAGAGUGAUAUUCAAUCUGAAAGUGUUAAAACUUCUGUUAAACAAGUUACGCUUGAAGGCCAUACUAUGGCAUUGAAAACUGACGUUAUAAAAUCGGGAACGAUACAUAUGAAAAGUGAAAGAAAUGAAAAGGAAAAUCUUGGUAAAUUGGAUAAAACAGAAAACUUUGAAUAUGAUAAUGUUUCAUCUUCUAAAAAUACAAUUUUAGACACAGAAAAGUUAAGCUUAAAAUCUUCAAUACAAUCAUUAAAAACAAAUGAAUCAUCAAACGAAAAACAAGAUAAAAAUGAUAAAACCUCUUUUGAAACCGAAAACCUUCGUGCAAAUGAAGAAAUUUCAAUAGAAAAUUUAAAAAACAAAAGAAAUAAAAGUACAAAGCUAGAAGAACUAUCACGUAGAUAUGAAAAUAUCGAAUUUGACGUCAAUUCGAAGAAAACUUCCGUUGAAACAAAUAAAAGCAUAGAAAACAAAACCACAACUUAUAAUAGUAAUGAAAAAUCUACUGAUGCAAAUGAAAAUAUACAAACAUUGAUGAAUGCACAAAAUAAACAAACAUUUGGAAUUACAAAAGAAAUAAAUAAUGUAAAUUCUAAACAUGAUAAACACGAAAACAAUAUUCAAGAUAUUGAUACAGCUUUGGAAGAAGAUAUACCAAUUCUUAGAGGGAAAGUGAACAGAGUUAUACGUAGAAUAAGUUCAAUAGAUAAUACGAAACCAGUGGAAAAGAGUUCUAAUGAUUUACCGAAGAAAAAGUCUGUUUUAUCAAAAAUUCAAAUGUUUGAGCGCGGUGAAAUAGAUGAAACAUAUCCAAAAACGAGAAUCCCCAAAUUAGAUUCUAAAACAUCAAGAAUUCCUAAUACACUUCGUCAAACGAGCACUGAACUUAGAAGACCGAAAAUUGUUAAAGAAAUAUUCAAAGAAACUAAUGAAAGUAAAAGAGAAAUAACAGAAAAUACAUCAAAACAAAAUCAAGUAGAAAAAACAGCUCACAUUGAAUUCAUUAAAGACGAAAGUUAUGUAUCUGGAGACACUAAAUUAAACGACGAUCAAUCAUAUAAAUAUACUGAAACCGAUGGAAAAUUACUAAGAACUAAUUAUAAACAAGUUAAAGAUGUUAUUAAAGAAAUAAACAAUAAGGUAACCGAAGAUAAUUCAAUAAGAAAUGAAAACAAUUCAGUAAAAGAAACGAUUCAAGAAACAUCAGACAUUUCAACGUUAUCUGUACAAAAAACAAUUGAUACAAAAACAGAAAUAAGUAUAAAUAAAUCCCAAAUACAAAAUGAGGAUUUCCAAAUUAUAAAUAAAGAUGAAUCAAAUUCUAAUUACGUACCAAAUGAAGUUAAAAAAGAAAUAAAUACAAAUGAAUAUCUUAAUAAUGAAAAUUUCAUAUACACAGAGAAUAAAGCAAAAUCACUUGAAUAUAUAAGACAUAAUUCAACAAGAAAAUCUUACGAAAGACUACAAAGUGACUACAAAGAUGGAAGAAGAGAUUUUGACAUGAGAAGAACAACAUCAGUAGCAGAAUUAGAGAUAGGAGGAGUAGUGAAGGGAAGAGUUUACGAAAUGAUAAUGAGAAUAAAUUCAAUGGAAAUACUUUCACAGGGAAAAAAGGAGAUAAAUAGAGAACAACCGAGAAAGAGUUCGGUUUCUGAAAAGAUUGCUUUGUUUGAGGGUAAACUUCCACCAAUCAAAACUGAGAAGAGAAAAGAAACAUAUAGAAUGAAGAACGAAAAAGAAGUAAACGUGGAAAUAACAGAAGAAGAAUAUACAAAGAAGAUAUUAGAAUUGAAAAGCGUUAAGAAUAAUUACAAAAAUGUAGAUCCAGAGUAUUUGGAAUUAAGAGAUUGUUCAGAGAUGCCUGUUAUAGCUUUAGGAACUGCUUUGUUGGACAAGAGAUUGAUCAGAUACGUGGUGGAAGCCGCCAUAGACAUGGGAUACCGUGCAAUAGACACAGCAUAUAUCUAUGGUAAUGAAAAGGAAAUAGGAAAAGCUAUUAAUAAUAAGAUAAACGAUGGAACUGUAAAAAGGGAGGAUUUGUAUAUAAUAUCAAAACUCUGGAGUACAUAUCACCGUAAGGAUCUUGUUGAGAACGCGUGCAAGCAGUCACUAGACAACAUGGGACUUAAAUACUUCGAUUUAUAUUUAAUACACAAUCCAAUGUCAUUAUUGGAAGGUUCAGACCCUUUGCCAAAGAUAGCCAACGUACUUCAAUACUCUGAACAUGAUUACAUGGACGCUUGGCGAGGUAUAGAAGACCUGAUUAUAAAAGGUCUGGUUCGUAGAGGCGGUGUUAGUAAUUUCAAUUCGGAGCAAGUACACCGGGUAAUGGAAAAAGGACGGAUCAAGCCUGUUGUUAAUCAGGUGGAAUGUCAUCCAUACUUAAGUCAGGAGCGUCUAGGCGGGUUCUGCGACGCGUAUGGUAUGAGACUGAGUUGUUAUGGAGUGUUGGGGUCUAAAGGUACCCCGGCGGAGCACAAGAGCGACCUGCCGCCGGUCAUUGACGACCCUCUCGUGCUGGUCAUGGCGGCAGGCUUGGGGGUUACUCCAGGGCAGAUGCUGAUCGCUUACCAACUUCACAACAGUAGAAGUGUGGUCAUAAAGGCUACAAGCGCUGCCCGUUUAUAUGAUAAUCUAAAAGCACAGUUCAUUUCUCUGGAACCUUCACAUCUCACCGCUUUGAAGAGCCUUAAUAAAAACAAGAGGACUUAUUACUUAAAAGGUUUGGGAGAAACACACAAGAACUAUCCUUUCAACAUUGCUUUUUAAUCUUUGACAGAUUAAAAAUUAUAUAUAUUGUCA